AUGGAGCUCAGGGCUCUCGACGACGACAACUGGGUCGAUCUCGACGCGCAGCACAAGAUUCUGACUACUCUGCGCAAUGCCGAAGACGCCCUCUAUGAUGGUCUGCCAUGCUGCAACGUCGCCGCCAUGACUUGCCGUGCAGGAAGAAGAACCAGCGACGAGCCUAUCCUCACCCGGCAGAACAUCGACACGCGAGCAGCAGCCCAAGAGUCCUUCGAGUGGCAGGACUGGGCGGAAAGGUCGAGGAGGAGGACACCACGGCUCCAUAGUCUGCUGUUCUUCCUGCUCCUCCCGCUCGUCUCAGGCCAUGGCAGCGCUGAAGCCGAGGGGGAGGAUCGAAGCUCGUUCCGGGAGGAAGUGGAAGAAGUGAUACUGGAGGAUGCAGCAGGUAAGCCCUACGAGGGGAGAAGAACCUUGAGGUCGGAUGGAGAGGCGUCUCCUUCCAGGGAGGAAAGCUCUUUCCUUCUGGACGGGAGACACGCCAUGUACCAGCAGGUCUUGCAGGCCUUGACAGCGCUGGCCAUGCAGAGGCUACAAGAAGGGAGGAGCACUUCGGGGAGGGAUCCAUCCAAGGACGGGAAGGAGGAGGAGGAGGGGGAAGGAGGAAGAGGCAGGUCGUACGCGGGUUCUCGUUGUGCGCAUGUCGCAGACCCAGCAGAGUGGAGCAAGCUCAGUCACAAGUGGUGGCAGGAGGACGACAGGACAAGAGCUGGACGCCAGCAGAGAGGGAGAAAGGACGUGAGAGUUCGGCUGCAGGGCCUGAUUGAAGAGAGCUUGUCCCUGCAUGCUGGGAUGGAGCAGAGGAAGGGACAGCCACGGCAAGGGACGCUGAGCUCCCUGGGGAGAGACGCCGUGAGGAGGGAGGCUUCGGAAGCAGCCUCCUCCUCCCUCUUCGUUGCAGGGUCGGCGAUGCUUGGCAGGAACGGCGGGGGCGGAGGCAUGCGCGACUUUCCUAGAGAGAGCCUUGCUGCUGCGGUCGUCCCCAGCAAUGACCCGAGGAGGCGACCAGCUCCUGUCGGAGCACGCCCAGUCUCCACGGACGUGCAUCUGUUCCGCCCGCUGUACAUCCCGGAGAGCAGGAGACGCACUUCCUCGUCAAUUGCGAUGAGGGCGGAGAAAGACUUCCUGAACUCCAACCUCCUCCGCGGGUGA